AUGGCUGCGGUGGACCCGCCAGCUGGUCUGAUGGACAUCACCAGCACUAUACCCCAGGAUGAAAUUCCUAUGAAGCUGCGAUGCGCUAUUUGCAACAUGCUGGCGGUGAAUGCUUUUCGCCUACCUUGUUGCGACCAGUCAAUCUGCGAGACUUGCCAAUCGUCUCUUGUCGAUACCUGUCCGGUUUGCGCACAUACCCCUGUCUCUCCGGACCUCUGCAAGCCGAAUAAAGCUUUGCGCACCACUCUGAAGGCAUAUCUGCGGACGGAAGAGAAGAAACGCGAGAAGGAGCGUCAGGCGGCAGCAGCUUCUACACCUGCGGUUUCCACCCCGGCGGAAAGUGAAAAUGUCCCCACGGACAUCCCGGUCGAUCAGCCCACAACCGAGCCCACGCCGGCACACACACCUGAGGUACCCGCGGCGAAAGAAACCGCGCCUGACGAGCCAACACAGGAGACUGAAGAUGUGGUGAUUACAGAAACUGCAAAGGGAAACACUACGCUGAAGUUUCAAACGUUGUCAGAUGAGCACGCCGAGUUGGCUGGUGAUCAAAUCACGGAUCCGUCUAACCCCGGUGCAAAUGCUCCCCAAACCGAUGGCGAUAGAGCUAUCUCCGAUGAAUUGGCUCAAGAGACCUCUCAAGAAGCCGCACCUUCGGCGAUGAACAUGGGCGGUGGAUUCCCGGGGAUGGGCUGGAAUGGAAAUGGCAAUUUCAACGGCAUGAACCCAUUCAUGGCCAAUCCUAUGUUCUUCUCAAACCCAAUGGGUAUGCCCAUGGGAAUGGACCCAAUGGCAAAUCAGGGGAUGUUCGGAGAUUACGGGAUGAACAUGACUGGCAUGGGCAUGAACGGAAUGAAUUUUGAAGGGCAGGGCAUGUAUGGAUCCUUAGGUUGGGACUCUCAGCAAAACAUGUGGCAAGGCGGCCAAGAUAAAUUCAAUCCAAAUGCUUUCCCGAAUGGAUCAGGCCCUCCUUAUGGAGGAGCAUUUGGCGGACCUAAUAUGUCUUACCCUAACGACUUCCAGUCUGGUUACAACGGGCCCGGAUAUGGUCGCGGUGGGUUCCGGGGCCGGGGUCGAGGCCACUUCUACGGCCCUGGUCGAGGUGGAUAUGGCCCUGGACAGGGGCAUUACAGUCAUACUAACCACGGUCUUCCUAACCGUCCAGGCUCGAGUGCUUCAGGGGGCCCCAGUGUGGCCAUUGAUACCGAAGUUCCACAGGACCCUGAGAAUAGUGGUGCUGCAAACGCAGUCGCGAUAAAUGACAACGAGGCCGUGUCUGCAGAUCCGGCAUCAGCAGAUGACCAACAGUUGCAGGGCAUUCCUACCAUUGAUAGUCUAGACCAGGCCCUGCCAAGUGGUCCGGGCGGCUAUCAGGGUGCUAUGGGCCCUGGAUAUGGGCGAGGUGGUUAUAUGCGGGGCUCUAUGCCCCAUGGCCGUGGAGGCUAUUGGAGUGGACAUUUGUCCCAAUCUCAUAUAGAACCAAGAAACCCCGGCGUGGAGGGAGCUCCCGCAGCUCCGCGAGCAAUGCGACAGGGACUGCCUAAUACCAGCGUUUUGCGACAGCGAGGCGGCUUCCACCAAGCGCGGCCCUCAGUAGGCAGUACAGCGGCCCCGACCAAUAGCGAUCCUAACACCCCUCCGGUAAUUCGCGAGUUGUCCCAGGCCCCUUCUCAACCCCGACGUGCAUCUCGCUCUCCAUCUCCUCCCCCAAAACAGGCUUCACGAGCUCCAUCGCCCUCCGCACCGGCAACUGAUGACGGACGAGAGGGCCGUCGCGACCGUGAUGCGAGGCGCCUUACAGACCAUCGAACUCGCUCACCAUCCGGUGUAUCUUCCAGACGCUCUUCGCGCCCCCGCCAUCGUGAUAGUGACCGGGAGCGGCGCAGCGGCCAUCGAUCGCAUCGAUCACGUCGCCACCGCACUCGGAGUCGUAGUCGCAGCCUCAGUCGCAGUACGAACCGAAACGGCGAUAGCCGUCAACCUGACCGUCUUACAGCCAUUACACAGGAUCAACAGAAUAGCCAUUUCAAGUCCUCUGGGAAGAUCAACCCCCGUGACCUCGCAACCCGAAUCGGGAACUCUCAUCGUACCAGCAGAGAUCGCCCCAGUCGUCGUGAAGAGGAUCGGGAGCGAGAUCGACCUAGAGAUAGCCGUCGUGGCGAGCAUGAUAAAGAUCGGGGACGCGACCGCCGCGAUCGAGACCGGGGAGACCGAGCAGACCAGCCAGACCGUGAACGUGAACGAGAUCGUCGUCGCGAAAAAGAACGUGACCGAGAACGUGACCGAGACCGUGGUAGAGACCGUGAAAAAGAUCGUAAACGUUCUCGCCGCGAUCGAUCCGAAUCCGCAAAUGCCAGCGAUUCCCACCCACGAUCCAGACGCGUGAAACGCGAAACCGACGAUCGCAAAGACCGCGAAGCUGAGUCCGUCCCUGAACCGGAAAAGGAUCCCCAUACACUGGAGCGCGAAGCGCGGAACCGUGAACGCCUCCAGCGCGAGCAACAACGCCGCGAACAGGCCAAAUCUGGCAACCGCCGCGACAGUCGGCAAGAACGUGCGGUGGCCGGCCGCCGCACCAAUUACAAAUACGAAGACGAGCUCUAG